AUGCUAAAAUUUAUCAUCCCCACUAUUACACUAAUACCACUAACAUGAUUAUCAAAAAACAAAUUCAUCUGAAUUAACACUACAGCCCACAGCCUAUUAAUUAGCUUCACAAGCCUACUCUUACUUAACCAGUUCAACGACAACAGCCUAAACUACUCCCUAAUAUUCUUCUCUGACCCUCUCUCAGCACCGCUCUUAAUCCUAACAAUAUGACUCCUCCCUCUAAUACUAAUAGCAAGCCAAUUCCACCUGCUUAAAGAAACACCUAACCGAAAAAAACUCUAUAUCUCUAUACUAAUUAUACUACAAACUUUUCUAAUUAUAACAUUUACUGCUAUAGAACUAACCCUAUUCUACAUUAUAUUUGAAGCCACGCUAAUUCCCACCCUCAUUAUUAUCACCCGCUGAGGCAACCAAACAGAACGACUAAACGCUGGACUAUAUUUCUUAUUCUACACACUCACAGGCUCCCUUCCAUUAUUAGUAGCACUAAUAUAUCUACAAAAUAUAUUAGGAUCCCUAAACUUUUUACUAUUACAAUACUGAACCCAACCCCUAUCCUCCUCUUGAUCAAAUAUCUUCAUAUGACUAGCCUGUAUAAUAGCUUUUCUAGUAAAAAUACCUCUCUACGGCCUACACCUUUGACUACCCAAAGCACAUGUAGAAGCCCCUAUCGCAGGUUCUAUAGUCCUAGCAGCCGUAUUACUAAAGCUAGGAGGCUACGGUAUAUUACGAAUUACAUCAAUUCUUGACCCCUUAACAGAAGAUAUGGCCUAUCCCUUCCUCACACUAUCCUUAUGAGGAAUAAUCAUAACCAGCUCCAUCUGCUUACGCCAAACGGACUUAAAAUCACUCAUUGCAUAUUCUUCAAUUAGCCACAUAGCACUUGUCAUCACAGCUAUCCUAAUCCAAACCCCCUGAAGCUACAUAGGAGCUACCGCCCUAAUAAUUGCCCACGGCCUCUCAUCCUCAAUACUAUUCUGCCUAGCAAACUCAAACUACGAACGAAUUCACAGUCGAACUAUAAUUCUAGCACGAGGCCUACAAAUCUUUCUACCACUAAUAGCAACCUGAUGACUACUAGCAUGCUUAACAAACUUAGCCUUACCUCCAACUAUUAAUCUAAUCGGAGAACUACUUGUAAUUACAUCAACCUUUUCAUGAUCAAACUCUACUAUUAUCCUAUUAGGAACAAAUACUGUAAUCACAGCUCUCUACUCCCUAUAUAUACUAAUCACAACACAACACGGCAAAUAUACCCACCACAUCAAUAAUCUUUACCCCUCCUUCACACGAGAACACGCCUUAAUAGCCCUCCACAUCAUUCCCUUAUUGCUCCUAUCUCUAAACCCCAAAAUCAUCAUAGGAACCCCCUACU